AUGACAUUUCAGGGCGACCAAGGAGGGCCGCUGACAUGCCCGAGCUUCGCGACAGGACAGUACCUUCUGGUGGGGGCACUGUCGGGGGGCGUUGAGUGCGCCACGGAGGGCAUGCCUGAUAUUUUCAGUGACUACACGGGCACCGCGAUGACGUGGAUUCACGAUAUCCUCAUCCAGAGGUUCGGUCGUCUGGAGGAGCCGCUGCCUGAGCCGAGCAGCGGAGCCGCCGCGGUGGUGGGGGCGUCGGGCCCCGGGCUGACGGCGGGGUCCUUCUUCUACGACGACGGCGGGUGCGACGGGUACCAGCCCAGCCACGUGCAGCACUCGACAGAUUCACCGCUGCGGUUCGACCAGGCGCAGGUGGCUGAGCUGCCGUGGGUUGUGUUGCUACUUAACACCUCGGGUGGCGGUGCUCUGGUGGUUGGUGGUGGUGCGUUGGUGCAUCCCAAGGUGGUGCUCACUACUGCUACUAGAGUCAACAGCUUGCCAGUAAGCGACAUGGUGGCCGUGCUGGGCGAGUGGAACAGGACUUCGCUGACUCCUCCACUGCCGCGUCAGGACCACGUGGUGCAGGAGUAUGUCAUCCACCCUCGCUUCAACGCCUCCAGUCUUGAGAACGACAUGGCGCUUAUUGUACUUAGAGAUGAGGCCGUGUACGCCCCGAACGUGCAGAGUAUCUGCCUGGCACAAACCUUCGAGGAGGUCGACCGGACCAAGUGCAUCUCGGGAGGCUGGGGCAUACCGAGCCAAGAUACAUUCGAAUUCGUAGAAAUUCAGAAACGCAUCAACAUCCCAAUUGUUGACGUGGACACGUGCACUCAGUUGCUGCGGCAGUCUGUUCUUGGACCAAAUUUCUUCCUGUUUGAAGGAUUUUUCUGUGGUGGCGGAGUGGAAAGACCUGGAACAUGCAUGGGAGACGAAGGGUCGCCAUUGGCCUGUCCUAGUUUUGAGGACGGGCGGUACAAGCUGGUGGGCGCUCUAUCAGGCGGAGUGCAGUGCGGGGCUGCUAAUGUCCCUGACAUAUUCAAGUCUUACAUGGACGGCAGCUACGCAUGGAUCAAGGAAACUAUAACGCAGCGGUUUCCUCCUACAAGUCGGUCUGCUAGAAACAAAACAGUCACUUCUGUGUCGCAAAAUGAUGGUGGAAACUCAACCCAAAUUGACACCAACCUCAACUUUAGACCUUUAUCCAUCAAUCACUCUGAUGGUGCACUAAGUUCAACCAAGGGAAACCGUGAAUCGGAUUCAUCUGCAGGCCAAACAGUGAAAGCAGGCGAGAUUCAAGCGAUCAGCGCAGGUGAAGGAAAAAGCGCAACAAAGUUGCCUGAAGUUUCUCCCACUCAGUCUUUGAAUGUUAAUGCGUCUUCGGCUCCUGAACGCAGUUUCGACGACCAAACGACAUUAAUGGGCAGCUUCGGGGAGGGUGGUUGCUCGCUCUACAACCAUCCUGGAUACAUCAGGGCGAACGAUGUGCCACUGGCCGCCCACCAGUCGCAGCCUGGGGAGAUGCCGUGGGUGGCGCUGCUGCAGAGCACCCAGGGCGCUGUCCUGGGGGCGGGGGCCCUCAUACACCCACGCGUCGUGGUCACAGCUGCUACCUUCCUCAGGAACUCGACCAGCGCGUCGCUGCGAGUGGUGCUGGGCGAGUGGGACAGAACCAGCGGCUCUGAAGCUCAUCCCGCCCAGCACAUGGCGGCAGAGAAAAUCAUCUUUCAUCCUCAUUUGAAUGAGACCCAUAACGACAUUGCGCUCAUCGUGUUGGAGAGGGCUGCUCGUGGAGGACCUCACGUGCAGAGCGUGUGUCUAGCACAGCACCUGGAGGAGGUCGACCGCGGCCGCUGUGUCGUCAACGGAUGGGGCACUAUAGCUUCAAACGCGCGUGAGCUUGAAGUCAUCCAGAAGCGGAUCAUGGGCUCGGCGCUCCCCCAGCCUGCCUGUGAGGGGGCGCUGAAGCAGGUGUUGGGGCCGGACUUCUCCCUGCCGGAGUCUUACCUGUGCAGUGGAGGUGUUGGUGGACCGAGCGUGUGUCAGGGAGACCAAGGAGCGCCUUUGGUGUGCCCGAGCUUCACAAGCCAGCACUACCUGCUGGUCGGAGUGCUGUCAGGAGGAGUUGAGUGUGGAGAAGUUGGUACUCCAGACAUUUAUUCCUCGAUAAUUCAUCACAGAAACUGGAUACUGACAAACGUAGAUCAGGAAAUGCGGAACUUGAGUGCAAACCAACCUACAACAAGCGUAGAUGAUGUCACGGGUGGACGGCUUGAUCAAUUAAAUAGGCAAAACAUCACGAACGACUUGCCUUCCAACCUCCCUACAACGACCGCCGACGAGACCAACGUUGCCGUCGAUGCAACUCCUGCCGCUGAAGCCGUAACCCCGGCGGCUGUCGGGAAGGCCACCGUGGCGACGACGGACCCGGCGGCUGGCGGGAAGGCCACCGUGGCGACGACGGACCCGGCGGCUGGCGGGAAGGCCACCGUGGCGACGACGGACCCGGCGGCUGUCGGGAAGGCCAGCGAGGUGACGACGGAACCGGCGGCUGUCGGGAAGGCCAGCGAGGUGACGACGGACCCGGCGGCUGUCGGGAAGGCCACCGUGGCGACGACGGACCCGGCGGAUGUCGGGAAGGCCACCGAGGGACCGACAAGCCCGGCGCAGCGCGGUCACUUCAGCGCACUGGGGAGCUUCACGGAGGAUGGGCGCUGCUCGGCAUACACAAGCGCCCCCGUCUUCUCAGCCUCCGACGCCGCUCCCCAAGACCUCGUGAGUGACGUGAGCCUGGGGGAGUUGCCGUGGUCUGUGCUCCUCGCUGAGGAUGGCGGGGGGAUCUUGGGGUCCGGGGCUCUCAUCCACCCACGCGUGGUCAUCACGUCGCCGUCAGUAGUAAAAGG